AUGCCCCCUCUAGUCGUCGGUGACACCAUUGACUCUUUCUGGUCUUUCGAUGCAACUGGAGGAACAUGCAUCUCGAAGGACAUAUGCGAUUAUCUUGGCCUUCCCUUCCAGCUCGAGGUAGAACGUUGGACAGCAGAGGACUCUUCACGGUCCACCAUGUCACUCGUUACCUCGGAUAUUCCAUCUACGAGGUCGUACAACCCCUAUUCAAACCAGUUUGAGCACAAAGUCCUUCCACUUUAUCCGUUUGGCUUCCGACUGUUUCCCCCAUACCCACCGUCCUGGAUUGAUCCUCAGAAAUAG